UAAUUGUAGACUUUUACGCGUUUUUCUAGUAACUAUGCCUAUCACUAAUAUCAGCGACAGCUUCACAAUCCACAUCAUUCCUGAAUAUGAUGAUGAAGUUACCACUAGUCGUUUUGCUAAUGAAGCAGACUUUGAAGAGUGGUUCAGCAAUAUUGCCCAGAAACAUGCUAACUGGAGCCUUCGCCAAAGCUGGACUAACGAGAAAGCAAAAUCUUUUCUUGGCCAGUCUCUUGCAAUCACUUUGAGAUUGAAUACUAUCAAAACGAAAAAAUCGAUCAAGAUCGAAGAACAUGUUAAUCAAAACAUGGUUUGGAAGUCUAUCAAGGAUUUUCGUAGGAUGGACGAAGCUCGUCUUUUGCAAAUCGAACAAAAUGAUAUCUCUUCUUCUUUUUCUCCUUCGCUUCGAAUCAGUUAUUACGACGUUAGAGACGUCAUCAAUGCUAGGUUGAUGAAAUUGAGAGGAAGAGCUAUUCUUGAGCUGGUCGAAAAAGGAGCAAAGACUUUGCUCAAGGUGCACGAAGAUGGACCGUUUUUUGCUUCUUGGGCUGCUAAAUGGCAAAUGAAGGUCUUUGUUACCGAUCAUGAGAUCAUUCCCACCUUGCGUCAGUGGCUAAAUUGGUUGAAAGACAACGUUAAUCUUAACGUCAAAAGAAUCAUGGUCGAUUGUAGUCCCACGGAAAUUGCUGCUAUAAGAGAAGUCUUUGAUAAUCAUAUCAAGCGUUCGUGGGAAACUCACAUAAAGAGAGACGUGAAAAUAAACAAGUCUACUCAAGAAACAAAGCUGGUAAGAGAUGAUGCUCGUGCUAAUCUGAAUAGCAUGAUGUACUCUGAAACGCCGGAAGUAUUCAAUCUGGCUCAUCAGCUGUUCCUUGUUGAAAAUGAGGAAUCUGAAGUAUUCCUUGUAUACUUCAGCAGCUUGUGGCUUCCGAAAAAGGAAUUGUGGUUCAAAGCGUGGAGACAGUUUUACUCAAGUUCUCACUUGGAUAUUACUUUUCAUUUUAUGGCCAAUAAUUUCGUGUGGGUAUUUAUCGUUACUCUCGGGAGCAGUUGGGAAGAGGCUGAAGUUAUAUCAGAUGAGGAAGACCAUGAACGAGAAGCAGAAUUGUUGCCGCACAAAGCAAAACAGCCUUUAGCAUUUAGUUUUUCACAAUCCAAAAUUAUUUCAGAGAUCGAUGUUAAAGCGCAAUCUUGUGAUACAACAGAUAAAGAAACUUCAGCAUGCACCCUAAUUGUCAACACCGUAAAACUAUUUCUACCCUUUAAAGAGAAACACAGCGCCAUAGCUCAUCAAUCGUACUUCUGUAUAUGGACAAAUGGUGUUUUAAAAUAUGCAGGAUAUUCAAAGUUUACUAUGGUGUUACACCCUUCCACAUCGUUCUCCUCACUAAACGCACUGCAUUUGGAUGCGCGUACACUGUAUCAGCUGCUGGCCCAGAAACUAACCGAAGUAAAUCAAGACCAAUCAUCAGAUCAAGAGGGAAAGCUGGCAAGUAAACUAGUAGUCUACAGGUACGACCAGCAACCGAUUACGUCACUUGAAUUUGCAUGGCAAAACAAAGAUGCAGCCUUUAAUGCUAUCAUUAAUAUGGACGUGCUGCAGACUAGCUGCAGAUCAUAUGGCUUAGGUUUUGCUUAUAAGAUAAUCUGCCUCCCAGGCUUGACGAUUACACGUAUUUUGGGUACACAAGAAAAGGCUAUCAAUAUCCUUAACGAGCUGAAGAAAGCGUCCUACGAAUAG